CCUUGUGCCUAGUCUCCUCGGUUCUUUUCGCUUGCAAAGCAUACAGAUGCCUGUGGCCUCAUCCUCCAUUAGAUCAACCUCUCAACACUGAAGCGGGGAGCAAAAGACAGCCUUCAUUCUCAGAACAACUUGUGACAGAAUCCAUCUGCCUGUUCCACUGGAAUAUUUACCAAGUCCUUGGAAGGCAUCCUCUUGUGCCAAUGGCUCCCAAGAAGAAAACCCCAAAGAAGAGCAAGGCAGUGAAGAAAGAGUCUCUUAUUAACCCCACAAUGGUAGAGGAUCCUUCCUUUGAUAUUGACCACCAGCAGCAGGUGAAGGGGUUGUUUGAAAACGGUUCUGAUGGGUUUCUGUGUACCGCUGUCGAAGUCAUAGAUCCAAGCCAUGGAAACAGUAUCCUGCAGGUGAUGAGUCACAUGCACCAAGAGCACUUACUCUGCGACCUCACGAUCACCACCAAAGCUAAGUCCUUCAGCGUUCACAAGCUGGUGAUGUCCUCUUGUAGCGAUUAUUUCAGAAGUCUGCUGACAACAGAUCUCCAGCUUCAACAAGUGGACCUCAAAGAUGUCUCUUCCUUGGGCCUGGCCACUGCCAUAGGCUAUGCCUACACAGGGAAGCUGAGUCUUUCCCUGUACACCAUUGGCAGCACCAUUUCCACAGCCAGCCACCUGCAGAUGUACACUCUGCUCAACAUAUGCACCGACUUCCUCAUUCAGGAAAUGAAUGUGGAGAACUGGGUGUAUAUAGUCAACAUGGCGGAUACAUACAAUCUCAACCAGGUAAAGGAGGCUGCAAAAAAGUUCAUCACAGAACACUUCCUGGAAUUCUCUGAUACAGAACAAUUUAUGAAACUCACUUUUGAUCAACUCGACAAACUUUUGAUGGAUGACAGCCUUCAAAUCCCUGAUGAAGUGGUGGCCUUCCAAAUUGCUAUGAAGUGGCUUGAAUUUGAUUCCAAGCGGUUCAAACACGCCGCUGAUCUCCUGAACAACAUCCGGUUUGGCACCAUCCCAGCUCAGGACUUGAUCAACUACAUCCAACCUGUGCCAUGUAUGAUGCAGAACCCAGAAUGUCAUAAGCUGCUGGUAGAUGCUAUGAAUUACCACUUGCUGCCAUAUCAGCAAAAUGGCCUUCAAUCCAGAAGGACCAAGAUUCGAGGAGGCUACAAAGUGCUGGUCACAGUCGGUGGCCGUCCAUGCUCAACUGAGAAAGCCCUUAGCAAAGACAUCAACUACAGAGAUGAAGAGGGAAACUGGAAUAAGCUAACAGAGAUGCCAAACAAAUGCUUUAACCAGUGUGUCGUAGUGAUGGAUGGAUUUCUGUAUGUGGCAGGGGGAGAAGAUCAGAAUGAUGCCCGAAACCAGGCAAAACACGCACUUAACAAUGUGUGCAGGUAUGACCCGCGUUUCAAAACUUGGCUGCACCUAGCUAGCAUGUCACAUAAGAGAACUCACUUCAGCCUCAGCGCUUUCAAUGGGCACCUGUAUGCUGUUGGGGGCCGCAAUGCCAAGGGGGCUCUGGUCUCCAUCGAGUGCUACGUCCCUUCCACCAAUAGUUGGCAUGCCAAAGCCGACAUGGAGUUGUCACGCUGCUGCCACGCCAGCGUGGUGAUUGGCAGCAAGAUCUUGACCACCGGCGGCUAUGUGAACAAUGCCUACUCUCGCACAGUUUGCAACUACGACCCCGCGGCAGACGCUUGGCAAGAUUGCGCUUGGCUAAGUAGCCCAAGGGGGUGGCACUGCGCUGCCACCUUAGGAGACCGUGCCUACGUCCUGGGAGGAAGCCAGCUGGGCCCCCGAGGGGAGAGGGUGGACGUGAUCCCCAUGGAAUGCUACAACCCUCUGACGAACCAAUGGAGCUGCAUGGCCCCCCUGCCCAUAGGUCUGAGCAUGGCUGGGGUGGCUACUCUUGGCGGGCAAAUCUUGCUAGCAGGUGGUUGGAAUGAAAGUGGAAAGAAGUAUCAGAAAAGCAUCCUGGCCUACAACCCUGACCUGAAUGAAUGGACAGAGGAAGGGGAGCUCUCGGAAGGCACUGUGGGGGUUUCGUGUUGUACUAUUGCCCUCCCCCAGCCAAGCACCCGGGGGUCCAGGGCCAGCUCAGUGGCCUCUGCAACGGUCAGCAUUUAAGGAUAGGAGGGCGGGGGUGGGAUAAAGAAUGCACAGUUCAUAACUGGCCUAGUCAGGGAGUAACCUAAAAAUGCCAAAAGGAUUCUGCAGUUUUCAUGUACCUGUUUUGCCAACGUCCAAAACUCCCACAAUCAGCUUCACCUCCCAGAACAGAGUCACAAAUCUUACCACAUCUGUUUCUGCCUCCCAGAAACCACUAACCAUUGAACAAAGGCUGAGCUACUUGAUAAUUUCUGGCCCUUCCAGUGAAAAACUGAGAAUAGCCCUCAAUGUAGAAAAUCUGCCUACCCCCUUCCUUUCAAAAGAUGUUCUUGCCCUCCGGGGUCUACCUUGAAUGAAACUACAUCACUGGAGUGGAAUCUUGGGGUCUUCCGUUCUAAAUUAAAAACAUGAAGUACACUCUGAAGCGUUGGUGUAUUUUCUACACAGACCCACUGAGUUCAGAAAUGAGACAGUGAGCAGGUUCUGCAGAGCGACAAUGCUCUGAAAGACAGAAAUCUAUUCCAAGAUAGCCUUUAUUUAGGAUC